CAAAUUUCAAAGUGGCGACGGUUGGCGUUGGGAAGGAGCCGAUGCUGGCGCUAGCAAAGCUGAGCGGAGAGGUUGAGGAAUGAGAGGAGGGCGUAGGAGAUGGAGUGACGGGAUGAGGAGCAGAUCAGCGUGAACCUCAGGGAGAGGACGAUGCGUCAGGAGAUCACCGACAUGCGCUUGGAAAUGGUGUUCGACGAUGUGCUUGACGCUGCUGCGCGUUCUCUUGCAAAGGGGGAGAAGGCUGGGAUGCUGCACACGGCAGGCGCCUCCUCCGACUCUCAGACCUUGACAUUCCUCCGAGAUAGGCUGCUCAACACCGGGUCGACAGCUGUAGAGGUAGGAGGAGGCUUGGUGUCAGGUGAGCGAGUCUGUGGCAUGUUGGAGGCUGAGGGGUGGCAGGCGUGAUCUCGGUAGGAGGAGGCAUGCUGUCUGGCAUAACGUCGAUGGUCAAGCGACAGUUUUGAUGAGCCCGACGACCUUGAAGAUUAACUGACCUGAUCAACUGCCGAUCCCAGGCUCAGGCCAUCGGUUUCUCCUUUUCGUCCUCCUCCUCAUAUUGGUUUCUCCUUUUCGCCCUCCUCCUCCUCGUCCUCCAUUUUUUGCUUAUCCUCCCGCAACUCUCACUUUCCGUUCCAAGGAAUCUGUCCCUCUUGUUUAUUUCUUGUCCUCGAUCAAUACAAUCUCAUAGUUUC